AAAUUUAAGAAUUCAAAUCAUAUUAACAUUUCUGAGAAUGUGCAGACAUUUUUACCCUAUACGUGGGUUGAACUUUCUGUCUAUUGUUCUAUCUGACUUGUUUAAUUUUCUGAUUUCCAUGAACCAUUAACUUGAUAAACUUGAUCUGAUACGAAUUCUUAGACCGUGACAAUGGAGAAGAAAGACAGAAAUUCUAAAAUUGAAUAUAAAAUUCCAAUAAUAAUUGGAUCCAGCCCUAAAUAUACUAUAUAAAAACAAAGUGCAUUUGCUUGUAUUAUGCUGCUUUAUACAAAUAUUUAAGGAGAAAUCUUUGUGGUUAUGAGCAACCUUGCUUGGUUGUUGUAGUCCUCCAAUUGGGAUAGGUUCAACUGUUCUGGGACGAAACCGGCCACCAUUAACCAAACCAUCAACUACGAGUUCAGGUUAAAGCAUCAAGGAUAGCAUGCACGUUACCAGUGAAGGUCAAUGUUCACCUAAACCACACAUGACCAGUCAGAUUCUAACAAAUCCUUCUACUUUCAACGACCCGAAUUCUAGCAAAACAAAAGGCUAUAUAAAUCUUCCUCACCAUGUCCUGAAAACUCACUCUCAGGUUCCUUCUCAUGGCUCGCCAACUUCUCUUCACAGCAGCACCACCCCUGAGCGCAUCUCAAGCAGGUCUGGCUGCAGUUACUCUUCUUUUAUGCGCUUUUGCAUUCAUCAAGUGUGCUUCUCACUCGCGUAAAUUGCGUCGUCAGUGGAGAGCUUGUUAUGAAUUUUUUGACGAAGAUCCGGUCAUAGAAAUAAACCAUGAAGUUAUGACCACCGGGGUUCAUGGCUAUCAACCUGAUCAACCUGAAGAUGUUGACAGGAGCACGUUCAGCGGUGGACAACCUGUUUGGCAGAAAAACAUACUCAUGGGAGAGAAAUGCCAGCUUCCGGAUUUCUCUGGGGUCAUCAUAUAUGAUUCUGAAGGCAACAUUGUAACCCCUCCCAAACCUGCUCACCCUCUACUCACCCGGAAGUAAGACAAGUUGAGGCGUAUGAAGACUGUCGACUAGAACU